UUCUUCUCGUCUUCAUCGUCUUUUUGUUAUUGCCAAUAUCGUCAGUUAUGAAAGACGUGAUCAAGAACAAAUGACAGGUAAAAAGAAUUUGUUGGCCGAGAGCUGUUUCGUCGUAUCUUGGCGACAUGAAUUUUUUUUUCAAAAGUUAUGUAAUUUUUUUUUCAUUUGAGAAAUAUAAAGAAAAAACUUUUGGCUUUUGAUUAUAUACUGUUUUUGUUGCAAAUAUAUGAAACUUUUUGACGUAUAUUCAAAAAAACACAGACAAAUUUGGUAGUUAGCUGUCAAUGGUGGUGGUGGUGGUUUCGCAAGCAACGUUUCGUUAUUCUGGUUAAAUGAAUGAAAAAAAAAAAAUAUGUCUUCAGAAACAUUGUAUCAAAUAUUAACUGGUCAUCAAUCGGAUGUAAAUUGGAUAGAUUUUAAUGGCCAUCGUAAAUUGGUUAGCUGUUCAAAUGAUCGUACCAUUAGGCUUUGGGAAUCAAAUGAUCAACAAUAUUUUGAUAAACCAAAAUUAUCCACAUUGAUUGGACAUGAAUAUGGUGUUAAUUGUGUACGUUAUUCACCAUUCGGUACUAUUAUUGCAUCAGCAUCUACUGAUGGUUGUAUUAUUCUAUGGAAUAGUCAGAAUGGUGAACAAGUAUUAAAAAUGAUGCAUGAAUCAAGAAGUGCAAUACGUGUCUGUUGUUUUUCACCAUCAUCAGCAUUAUUAGCAUCCGGUGCUGAUGAUGAAACAUUAGUCGUUUGGGAUAUUAGUACAAGAACACGUAUAAAAACAUUAUAUAAACAUGAUGCAAAAAUAACUGGCUGUUCAUUUACACCUGAUAGUACAUAUAUGAUUUCAUGUUCAAGUUCAGGUGAUCUAAAAUUAUGGGACACAAAAUAUGGAAAUGUUUCCUAUCUAAUGACAUAUGAAGUUGCACAUGAUCUUGGUGUUUUAGGUUGUGAUUUUAGUUCACAAUAUGAAGUGAAUGUUGCCGAUGGUCCAUUACAAAGUUUUUAUCUAUUAGCAACAUGUGGAAAUGAUGAUUUAGUCAAAUUAUGGCAUAUAAGUGGUGGCCUUAAUUGUUCAAUAACAUUAUCACAUACAUUAAUUGGUCAUAAUGCUAAUGUUAAUUGUUGUAAAUUCUCAAUGGAUGGUUCAUUAUUAGCAUCGGCUGGCGGUGAUAAAAUGGUUAUUGUUUGGGAUCCAAAAAUUGGCCAAAUGAUCCAUCGUUUAGAUGGACAUAAACGUUAUGUAACCAGUUGUGCAUUUUCUGAUGAUAAUCAAUUAUUAGCAUCCGGUUCUAAUGAUCAAACAAUAAUUGUUUGGCAUUUGAAUAAAAUUAAAGUUAAACAUAUUAAUAUACGAGCGACAACACAACGACAAUAUUCAGAUGAAUCAAUAAAUAAUAAUCAAUCAAUAAAUCAGCAGAAAAAAAUGUUAAAUAAACAUUCAUUAUCAUCAUCAUCAACAUCAUCACAGGAACAGCAGCAACAACAACAAAAUGAAAAUGGUUUAUUUAGGAAAAAAUUCCCUACCGAAUGGAAUCCGGAUGAUGUUUGUGAUUGGCUUUCAUCAUUAGGUCUUGGACGGUAUACGAAAAUAUUUCGUAAAAAUGAAAUCGAUGGUCCAGAAUUGUUGCAUCUAACACAUGAUGCUUUACUUACAAAUCUACGAAUCGAACCUUUAGGUCAUCGGAAUAAAAUUCUUCGUAGUAGUUUGUUUCUAAAAAAUCCAUUAUGGUUGAAUACAGAUGAAAUGGAUAAUGAACGUAUACAUAAACCGAUGGAAUUUUGUUGUCCAAUCACCAAAGAUGUUAUGAAUGAUCCGGUUGUUGCUUCAGAUGGACAUUCAUAUGAACGAUUAGCAAUGCAAAAAUGGAUAACCGAUGGAAAUGUUACUAGUCCGUUGACAAAUGAAAUACUUGCCAGUCAAAUAUUGACACCAAAUUAUAAUCUAAGAAGUUUGAUACAAAAAUUUCGUAGUACAAUACCACCAAUACCAUUAAAAGAUUGAUUCAAAUUCGAUUCAUUUAUCUGUCUCUGUUGUCGUUAUGAUGUCAUAUAUAGUCGUAUUAAAAUAACAGAA